AAUCAAUUGUGAGGGGGUGCAUGUGACAGUGCUGCUUUCCAAGCCACUCAGUGAUGCCCCUGUGCUGUUGUAGCUGUGCCCAGGCAACAGAGAGCCCCUUUGCCUGCUGGGGCAAUGCCCUGUGGAGCAGCCUGGGGCUGGCUACUCCCCUGGCUGGCUGAGUGACAGUCCCACGGGUAUAAAAGGGCCCCUGGGGCCGGGCUGUGCUGGGUGCAGCUGAUAGAGCAGCAGGCAGAGGGUUUGUUCUGGGGACUGCUGCUGGAGAGCCUGGGUGAGRCUGUAGCCACCAACGGGUCCGAGCCACACAAAAUGCGUGAAAUUGUGCACCUGCAGAUCGGCCAGUGUGGGAACCAGAUCGGAUCCAAGUUCUGGGAGGUGCUUGGUGAGGAACAUGGGAUUGACAUCACUGGGAACUACCGUGGGGAUUCACCACUGCAACUGGAGCGAAUUAACGUGUACUUCAAUGAGGCUUAUUCCCAUAAAUAUGUGCCCCGUUCCAUCCUGGUGGACCUGGAGCCUGGGACAAUGGACAGCGUCCGCUCCAGCCGAAUYGGGCCCCUCUUUCGACCUGACAACUUUAUCCAUGGUAAUUCAGGUGCUGGCAACAACUGGGCCAAGGGCCACUACACAGAAGGUGCUGAGCUGAUCGAAAACGUCAUGGAUGUGGUCAGGAACGAGUGUGAGAGCUGUGACUGCCUUCAGGGAUUCCAGCUCAUCCAUUCCCUUGGUGGUGGCACGGGCUCAGGCAUGGGCACGCUCCUCAUCAACAAGAUCAGAGAGGAAUAUCCYGACAGGAUCAUGAACACCUUCAGUGUUGUGCCCUCACCCAAAGUGUCCGACACGGUGGUGGAGCCRUACAACGCCAUCCUCUCCAUCCACCAGCUGAUAGAGAACACAGAUGAAACCUUCUGCAUUGACAACGAAGCUCUCUAUGAUAUAUGCUUUAGGACAUUAAAGCUCACCAAUCCCACCUACGGGGAUCUCAACCACCUGGUGUCCCUCACGAUGAGYGGCGUCACCACCUCGCUGCGUUUCCCUGGCCAGCUGAACGCGGAUCUGCGGAAGYUGGCGGUCAACAUGGUGCCCUUUCCUCGCCUGCACUUCUUCAUGCCAGGCUUUGCCCCGCUGACRGCUCGGGGSAGCCAGCAGUACCGGGCCCUGUCGGUGCCAGAGCUCACCCAGCAGAUGUUCGAUGCUCGGAACAUGAUGGCAGCCUGCGACCCYCGCCGUGGCCGCUACCUCACCGUCGCCUGCAUCUUCAGGGGCAGAAUGUCCACCAGGGAAGUGGAUGAGCAGCUGCURUCUAUCCAGACCAAGAACAGCUCCUACUUUGUGGAGUGGAUUCCUAACAAUGUCAAAGUGGCCGUGUGUGACAUCCCGCCACGAGGCCUGAAGAUGGCGGCCACUUUCAUUGGCAAUAACACGGCCAUUCAGGAGCUCUUCAUCAGGGUGUCCGAACAGUUCUCGGCCAUGUUCAGAAGGAAGGCGUUUCUCCACUGGUACACGGGGGAAGGCAUGGAUGAGAUGGAGUUUUCUGAAGCAGAAGGUAACACAAAUGACCUCGUGUCCGAGUACCAACAGUACCAGGAUGCCACUGCAGAUGUGGAGGAAUUUGAAGAGGUAGAAGUAGAACCAGAAGCCAAGCCAGAAAAGGAAGCAGAGUAAAAAGUAUCAAAACAUUCUCCAAAUARGCCUGUUCACAUUCACUAAAGACAAAGCAAUAGCCAUCAUCUGCAUAUCCAAAAUAACACAUUUCUUCRGAACUUUUUCUAUGCAUCUGGCCAAAUAUAUCUGACAUCACAACACAAUGCUUUUGAAAUUAAUGGCAGCUCUGCUUUACUGUCUUAAACAACUGUUGACACUGAAUCUCUCCCAAAACAAAUCUACUAUGGAGACAAGUUGUCWCACAACAGCCUUUCUUGUAAAUGGAUUCACUUUCAGAAUAUGAUCACCAGAUACUGAAUGUACUAUACAGCCACUGUGCCUGUGUAUAUAGAUCAGGAUCAUAAGCAAUAGAAAAAUACGCUGGCAGCUCAUCACAUUUAUUUAUUCUCAGGUAAACAYAGUCCCUGUUGAUUGUGAACUUGUUACUGUUUUAGGAACACGUGCACAUCUGCAAGGCCUGCAAAGACAGUGACUCUUUUGUUAUCACUCCACAGACUGAUGCAGAUAUUCAGACAAGUUCAGCUCCUUGAGCUGCAGGGAGAAGGCAAAGGCAAGAAAAGGGGGCAAAUGACUGAAUAUGCACAUUAUUAUUUUAUUUUUUAAGUACUUUAAUUGUUCUAUCACAUUUUUGGCUUAUAUUAUUGCAGAGCUUGUGUUCAUUAUCAGGGUGUGGUUUGUUUCUAUUUCAAACUAUAGGUUAAGUUACUUUAGCACACUAAGUUGUGACAUUGUAUAAAAGUUUUGGUGUGGUAUUUUUUCCUAGGUACUAACUACUGUAAAUUUUUUUCCUAACAUUCCGUACAACAAAAAUGACAUAGAAUGGUUGGUAGCUUGCUAAUAUAAAUUCCAUGGCAGUCACUAAAUCAAAACUGUAUUCUGACUUCAGUGAAAAGAAUUUCUUGCCAUCACAGCYGUCCACUUAACAAUGUAUUUAUAAUACUCUUUUAAAUAAAGA